UGCUGCAUACAAGUCGUUCGCUUCCCGACUGCCUGCGAGACUGUCCGAGCUAUCAGGCGCCUCGCAGUACGCGUUCCAAGCCAUCCUGGACGCUUUCGCUUCGACCGCUGACGUCACGCUUCUAGACAUCAUAGCCAAAAUGGCGGAAUGUGACCAGACCAAAGGCUGGUGGGAGGAGGAGAUCGCAUCCUCCUUGGCCCACGUCGCGCGCCGCGGCGACUGUGGGUUACAGAUGUGGCGCGACGGGCGUGUCAUACACACGAGGGAGGUGAAGGUUUUGACAAUCGCCAAUAUAUUGUUCGAGAAUCCUUCGCUGGCGGUCUGCAAGCGGCUGCUCGUGCCAUUGCUCAGAUACUCAACCUCAUCAUUCUGCGAGCAAUUCUUCUCUAACAUAGUAAGCAAGCUACUAGCGACGCUUAGCAAGCGGAGCCGGGGCGAGAGCGAUAGCUACGAGCUAAGGAAGAUGUUGAGAGAACAGGCCAGGUGCUAUACACUCGUCACUAUGGCUUUUGAGAAGAUCCCACUCGCCUCUCUCAAGUCUGAAGAGUCUAUCUUGUACCAGCGUGUAGAGAAGUGUCUCCUGCAGCCGUCUCUGCUGAUGAAGCGCGCCUGCGGACUCUGUGUGGCCUCCCGCGACAAGGCCUGCCCGCGGCCCGCCGCGCCCCAACUCAAGGAGGCCUACAGGUAG